AUGUUUCUAACCCGAAGUGAAUAUGAUAGAGGUGUGUCCACAUUCUCACCUGAAGGAAGACUUUUCCAAGUCGAGUAUUCUCUCGAAGCCAUCAAGUUAGGUUCAACCGCAAUCGGUAUACAAACCAGUGAAGGUGUCAUAUUGGGCGUGGAAAAACGUGUCACAUCAUCCUUACUUGAAUCUUCAUCCAUUGAAAAGAUUGUUGAAAUAGAUCACCACGUAGGGUGUGCCAUGAGUGGUUUGACUGCUGAUGCCAGAUCGUUAAUUGACCAUGCUCGUGUGUCGAGUUUGACUCACAACUUGUACUACGAUGAAAACAUUGGUGUUGAAAGUUUGACCCAGAGCGUAUGUGAUUUGUCAUUGCGGUUUGGAGAAGGGGCCGAUGGUGAAAAGAGAUUAAUGUCGAGACCAUUUGGUGUUGCUUUACUAAUUGCUGGCUUUGAUAAGGAAAAGGGGCCACAGUUGUACCAUGCAGAGCCUUCGGGAACUUUCUACAGAUAUGAUGCGAAAGCAAUUGGAUCGGGUAGUGAAGGUGCACAAGCUGAAUUGAACAAUGAGUACCACAAGAGUUUGAGUUUGAAAGAUGCUGAAUUGUUAGCCUUGAAGAUUUUGAAACAAGUUAUGGAGGAGAAGUUGGACUGCAAGAAUGCGCAAUUGGCAAGCGUGACUGAAUCCGAAGGAUUCAAGGUUUAUAGUGAUGAAAAGACGGAUGCGAUUAUAAAGGUAUUGAAUGAACAAGCUACAGAUGAAGAUACUUUGAUGAGCUAA